CAGUUGAAGGGUCAGGACAGCUGAGGAAGUAGGCCGUCCCGGGGUUCAGCUGGUGUGGGCUAAUACCAGACUGACAGUGCCUCUGAAUCCUCUUUCCAGGCUAGAAACUAGAACUGCUCUGCUAUAAAGAAGAUCCACUUGUUUGAUUUGAAGCCCCUGAAAGGCUCUUCAAACUCAGGAACGAUGGCUCUACCGAUAAAUCCCAUGGAUGAAUCCAGGAUGUACCAGCAGACGUUGCUCCAGGAUGGCCUGUACGACCUGCUGGAGAAUGACAAGCUGGUGGACUGUGUGCUGAAGAUCAAAGACAAGGAGUUCCCCUGCCACCGGUUGGUCUUGUGUGCCUGCAGCUCGUACUUCCGCUCCAUCUUUCUGUCCGACCUGGACGAGAGCAAAAAGAGAGAGAUUGUCUUGGAGGAUGUGGAGCCGGGUGUCAUGGGUCUUAUCCUCAAGUACCUGUACACCUCCAAAAUCAAUGUGACAGAGCAGAACGUCCAGGACAUCUUCGCAGUGGCUAAUAUAUACCAGAUCCCUUCAAUUUUCACUGUUUGUGUGUCUUUCCUACAAAAGCGCCUGAGCCUCAGCAACUGCCUGGCUAUCUUCAGGCUCGGCCUGAUGCUGGACUGUCCCAGGUUGGCCGUCUCAGCCCGAAACUAUGCCUGCGAGCGCUUCCAGCUCAUCUCCAGAGAUGAGGACUUCCUCCAGCUGCUCCCCAGUGAGCUGGCAGCCAUUUUAUCCAAUGACAACCUGAACGUAGAGACAGAGGAGGCGGUGUUUGAGACUUUGAUGAACUGGGUGUCCCGGGACACUGAGAGCAGAGAGAAAGAGCUGCCAGGUUUGCUGGAUUGUGUUCGUUUGCGUCUGGUCAGCGAGGACUUCCUGAAGGAGAAAGUGGAGAAACACAAACUGAUCUCUUCAAAUCCUGAGUUGCAGCAGAAAAUCCAGCUGGUCAGGGAUGCUCAGGCUGGGAAAAUGCCAGAGGUUAAAAAAAGCAAAAGCAAGAAGGAGGACGGUGGAACAGAGAAAGAUGGGGAGAAUGAGGAGGAAGAGGAAGAAGAAAGUCUUCUUCCAGGAAUCCUGAAUGACAUCCUGCGGUUUGGCAUGUUUAGCAGGAACUUGAUACUGAUGGUGAACGACACAGGUGCUGUGGCCUACGAUCCGACAGGGAACGACUGCUUUGUAGCAUCGCUUUCCACACAGGUUCCUAAGAACCACGUCAGCCUGGUCACCAAGGAGAACCAGAUCUUUGUGGCUGGAGGAUUAUUCUUUGAUGAACAGAACAAAGAAGACCCACUGUGCUCUUAUUUCCUGCAGUAUGACCCGGUCAGUGCCGAUUGGCUGGGGAUGCCUCCCCUCCCGUCUCCCCGCUUCCUGUUUGGGCUGGCCGAGGCUGAGAACGCCAUCUUUGUGUUGGGAGGGAGGGAGCUGAAGGAAGAGGAGUGCACACUGGACUCUGUUUUAAUCUACGACAGACAAUCUUUUAAAUGGGGUGAAUCAGAGCCAAUUCCCUAUCCAGUCUAUGGACAUGCAACCAUAUCCCACAAUGAUGUUGUUUAUGUGAUUGGAGGAAAGGGAGACGACAAGAGCUGUCUGAGGAAGAUGUGUGCAUUUGACGUCAAGAGAUUUGAAUGGAAGGAGCUUGCACCCAUGAAGACAGCACGCACUUUAUUAGGAGCCACCGUUCAUAAGGACAAAAUAUAUGUGGCAGCAGGAGUCACCGACACUGGGCUGACAGACUCUGUGGAGGUGUACGACAUCGCUGCCAACAAGUGGUCAGACUUUGUAGCGUUUCCCCAGGAGCGUAGCUCUCUGAACCUGGUGUCUUUAGCCGGCACGCUGUACGCUGUAGGAGGUUUUGCCAUGAUGCCUUUGGAGGACAGUGAAGAGAUCGUUCCCAGAGAGAUGAACGACAUCUGGAGGUAUGAUGAGACAGAGAAGAAGUGGACUGGGAUCCUCAGAGAGAUCAAGUACGCUUCAGGGUCCACCAUUCUGGGGGUCCGUCUAAACACCUUGCGUCUCAACAAGAUGUAAAACCCCCUCCAGUCACUGCUUGUUAAAGGAACAGUGUGUAGAAUUUAGUGGGGGACUCUGUAGAAGAGGGCCCACUCUCUCAGUAGAUAAACACAGCUCAUUCUAGGGCAACAAAAACAUACCGAUUCAUAGAUUCAGGUGUUUAUACACUACCUAUGAAUAUUAUAUUCCAUUUCUGCCAUUAGAGCCUCCUAAAUGU